AUGGCGCCAGUACGACAAAGAAAUGCGAAAGGCUUGAAUUCUACUGAGAUAGGGAAGAAAAUCAAAAGAGGUAAUGCACUGCGUCAAGGCACAACUUGGUGGAGUACGAGAGGGUUAACCACGUUGUUGCUGGUUACCCUUUGUUUGUGCGGGGCAGCUACUUGGCUGUAUGUCACUUUGGAUAGUGACAUAACAGAAACAUUGGUCAGCCAGCGUGAGCAUUUGUCUCCCAAACCCAGAGUCUACAUCAUCCAGUGCUCAGAAGACUAUGAAAACUACAAACGCUACCCAGGAUGCACCCCUCAGAAGUGCGGUCGUGCCAUCACAGACGGUGUGGUGACGAGGGAAGAAGCUCAGUUUCUCAGAAGGCUGGCUGAGAGGGGACUUCAGCUGGCCGGAUCGGAGGGAGGAGCCUCCAUCUUGGACCUGCACUCAGGAGCUUUGUCAAUGGGGCCUCAAUUUGUCAACAUUUACAGAUAUUUUGGCGAACAGAUCCAGGAUGUGUUCACAGAAGAGGAUUUCCAGCUUUACAGAGAUGUACGCAAGCGGAUCCAGACAGUUAUUGCAGAGACGUUUGGCUUAGACCAAACGAUGAUGUACCUCACCAAGCCCACCUUCUUCUCCAGGAUCAACUCGACACUAGCCAAGACACAACAUGACGAGUACUGGCACCCGCACAUUGAUAAGGUCACCUAUGGCUCAUUUGACUAUACAUCUCUUCUGUAUCUUUCUGACUAUGACACUGACUUUACUGGUGGACGAUUUAUCUUUAUGGACCAAGAUGGCAAUAAAACAGUAGAACCAAAGGCAGGAAGAGUGUCUUUUUUUUCCUCCGGCUCCGAGAACCUCCACCGUGUGGAGAAGGUGACUUGGGGGACCCGAUACGCCAUCACGGUGUCCUUCACGUGUGACCCCACGCAAGCCAUCGCAGACCCCGCUCUGCCUUGA